AACCAAAGGGAUCCAGAAAGCACGUGUAGCCUCAUUUCUUUUCCAACAAGACUUCAGUAUGCUUUCGACUCCCUGCAUUCUUGCUUUUCACCGUCUCCAGGAUCACAUGUACUCAUGUCUUUCGCGCCGUAAUCUCACAAAAUCGUGCUGUCAUUGGUGAGGCAACUCCUUGUUGAGGCGAAACCAUGACCAUGAGAAAUAUUCCUUCACUGCGGAUGCCAGCAACUAUGUAUUUUCUAAUUACCGUGCUGGUGUGUGCCUUCGUUCCUCUCUCCCGUGCACAGUCGGCCCUCCCCAAUGGUGCCAUUUUGGGCGUUGUCGGAGGAGUCACGCGCACAAGAGCCGUUGUGGGUUUUCGAAGUCAACAAAGUGCACAAGUAUGGGUAGCCUAUCACAGGCGUCGCGGUGGACAACAAGGAUUCCAGUCUAACGAUCCCAACUUGCACUACUCCAAAGAUCGCGUCGUUACUAGUCCAAGCAAUGACUUUACGGGUAGCAUUACCCUGUCGAAUCUACAAGAAGAUACCACGUACUUUUAUCGCAUCGUCAUCAAUGGUGUUACUCAGAACGUUCCCAGAGAGUACGAGCAAAUGUUUCGCACUUUUCCCAGAAGCGGUCGUGUCGACUUCUCCGUGUUUUCCGAUACAUGGGUCAACGGGAACGGACACACUGGCCAGGAAUACAACCGAGCUGCCAAGAGCUAUGAAAGCGGCGGGUAUUAUCAGCAAAGCGACCGACCUCUAUUUGCUCUUCAGAUUGGUGAUUUUGACCAUCGCAAUCCUCUCACUUUGGACGAUUCUCGAAGGAUGCACCGAGAAAUGCGUGACACUCGAUUUCAGUCCGGAGCCCAGUUCACGGCCAACAUCUUGACCAAAAUGUGCGUGGCACACAUGUGGGAUGAUCAUGAUUAUUGCACCAACGAUUCUGACAUGUACUGCCCUUCAAAGCGCACUUCCACACAAGCCUUUCGAGAGUACUAUCCAGGCUACGCUGAAGCCAAUCCUUCCUAUGGUCUUUGGUACAAGUUCCGAGCGGGCGAUGCCGAGCUCUUUGUCUUGGAUACCCGCAGUCGUCGAGAUCCCAACAACAGUGCCAACACUGCAGCCAAAAGCAUGCUCAAUGGAGGCGGCGGAAUUCCCAACGACCAGCUGACAUGGCUGCUGAAUGGACUUCGCCAAUCCAGCGCCACUUGGAAGAUCAUUGUCAGCAGCACUGGUGGUAACCUCUAUGCCAGGUUGAACACUUCGACCGAUAACUGGCGGUCCUUCCCAUCCGAGGUCAAUCGCAUCCGAAACUUUUUGCAAUCCAAUCGGAUCCAAAACGUGGUAAUGAUUAGCGGUGACAUUCAUUCCGGUGGUGGCAUUGACAAUGGCUCCAAUAAUGUGUUUGGCAUUCCCGAAAUGACAGUUCCUCAUACCAACAUGCCCAUGCAGGCUCCUUCUCACAACAUGCCUUGGGGAGUAUGGUCUCAGGGAGUCCUUCCUGGUGUCAACUCACAGCUUCAAGGAGAGGGCUAUGCUUCAGUAUCAGUCAACUCUAAUAGUCUGAUCUUCCGAACGCAUGACCGUGAUGGACGCGUCCGCCUUCGGUACUCUCUGCAACGUCGGCGCUCUUCUGGCAACUUGAGAGGACGGAUUGGUGCUGGGUCGGAUGAAUUGUUCGAUGGUCCAUAAAGCUAAAAGACUACUGCAACGGCAAAAAGAAGAUACAUUAGUCUUGAAAGUGCUCACCUUGAACAACGUCAGGGAGCAGGUCCCGCACUAGUCGCUUGCUAGCGAUGACGAAUGGAGCAGCAUCUUUCAGUAGAAGUAAUAAGAAACUGUAACAAAAGCAAGUGAUGCAUGC